AGCCUCUUUUUGGCUUGUGUACACUAGAUUAUACAGGGGAGCCGGGACAGCGCCGCCGCAAUGUGGAGGUGCGGGUGCGGAAAGAGGCCGGAGGCCCCCUGGAACGGCCAGCACGGCGCCGACGACGACUCGCUCAACAACGGUGAGAUCAGGGUCUGCAACGCCUGUUGCUGCGCCUACGACGGGCUGGUGCUGAGCGGCGAGUGCCUCGGCUGCAUGGGCAGCGAGUCGUGCUGCUGCCUCGAGGGCGAGUUCUGCUGCAAGACGGGGGUGGAGAGGCUGCCCUGCAUCUGCCUCGGAGUGCGGUGCGUGUCGCCGACCGCCUGCUGGAAACAGCAGGCGCAGUGCUGCUGCUACGCCACCGCUGUCGCCAUCCCCUGCGACGAGGAGGUCCCCUGCAUGGUGGGACUGCUCGGACUGGUGUGCUACCCGACCUUCGCCUUCUUCAGCUCCCUCGACGCCAUCAUGGCGGGGGCGGCCAGCAAGAGCAGCAUGCUGCCGGCCGAGUGAAGGGGGCGGCGCCCUUUGUCGUUCCUGCUCCCCGAUCGUGCUCGUGCUCGUGCUCCCCAUCCCCGUCCGUACCUGCUGCUCCUCAUCUGGAGGAGGAGGAGGAGGAGGCACACAUCUUCGCCGCGCUCCCCGUGCUGCACGGAGGGCCGCGUCGUGCUGACGUGGCGGCGACCCUGCCGCGGGCGUUCAGCCCCGACCGCGGCUGGCCCCUCCGUUGGCGCCCCCCUGCCCCGCCCUCUCCCUGCGCGGGCGCGGCUCGUCUUGGGCCAAAGCUCUCGGGAUGGCGCCGCGCGCCACCGCGCGGGCUGGGCGAGGCAGGGCGAGCGGACGGGUCGAACACGAAGGGAGGCGAAGCGCACGGAUUCGCGAUUGCGGGACCCUCGAGCAGGAGGAGGAACAGCAGGGACCCCGCGUGCUGAGCUUAGGGCGUCGGAUGGUUUGCACCCCCCAUAAGGGGAGGCCGGGCGUCUGCGCAGGCUCAGACGCGCCAGCGCGACGAGGGUGGUUCGGAA